AUGCUCGAGGUGCUGGACACAGCGGGCCAGGAAGAAUAUACCGCACUAAGAGACCAGUGGAUCCGGGAUGGGGAGGGUUUCGUACUGGUGUACAGCAUCACCUCGCGCGCCUCCUUCUCCCGCAUCACAAAAUUUUACAACCAAAUUAAGAUGGUCAAGGAAUCGUCAAGCUCCGGUUCCCCCUCCGGUCCCAGCUAUUUGAACUCGCCCAUGAGCCCCUCAUCUGGUCCCGCAAUGCCCGUCCCCGUUAUGCUAGUCGGCAAUAAGAGCGACAAGGCUGUCGAGCGCGCAGUUUCAGCACAGGAAGGUCAAGCACUGGCCAAGGAGCUGGGCUGCGAGUUUGUCGAGGCAUCCGCGAAGAACUGCAUCAACGUGGAGAAGGCCUUCUACGACGUUGUUCGCAUGCUGCGCCAGCAGCGACAACAGGGGCGUGCCGCAGACCGUCGUCCGGCAGGCUUCGGAUCGGGCCACCGCGAUCGCGACGCAGGCCCCGAAUAUCCCAAGUCCUUCCGGCCCGACAAGUCGCGACAUCGCAGUCGGCUCCAGUGUACUAUCUUGUGA